AUGAGGCCAAUUCUUGGUGGUGUUGGAUUGGGAUUAUUUGGAUUUCGUUUCCUUAGAGAAUGUAUUAAUAAAAAUCAGAUUAUAACAAGUUUAGCAGUGAUGAGGUUAAGUGAAGUAAGUUUAGCUGUGUUGGCCGCUUUAAGUAGCAGUCUAGGCAAUAAAAUUGAAAAUUUCGAUAAAACACUUGACCUAUUUAAAGAUUUGCAUGAAAAAUCAGAAAAGAAGAAAAAUCGCCACAAUCGCCACCACAUUGAAUUUGUUGAAAAUAAACAAAACUUGAUUGCUGAAUAUGAAUUGCUUGUGUACGAAUUGGAGCAUUUGAAUCGGAGCUUUGAUAAGGAAAAAAUUUACUCAAUGUAG